AUGUCGCGCCGGAGGACGACGACUCGCUCGCGCGAAGAAGAAGAAAGAGCAGACGAGGACGAGGACGGGACGACGACGAACUCGGAGUCGUCGUCUCGGGGCGAUGAUGAUCCGACGACGACGACGACGAGAAGAGGCGGAGACGAUGUCGACGAGAUGUUGUUGAACCACAACAACAACAACAACAACAACAACACAUACGACGUCGGGGAGGAAGAAGAAGACGAAGAGGAGGAAUUAGGAUAUAACAGAUUUGGAUCGGUCGCCGCAGGUGGUGGUGGUCGAGGUAGAAGAGGACGUCCGCCGUUAAGGCGGAAUACGAGCGAUUCCGAGGAAGAGCUUCGUCGUCAACAACAGCAACAACGGGGACGGGGCCACGCGCCCUCGAGCGAAGACGACGACGACGAAGAACUUUCCCGAAGCGAUAACGAUACGCAAAUGUCCGUGGAUUCUGAUACCGAGGGGAGAGGUGGACUGGUUGAUAGUGCGUAUAAUAACGAUUUGAACGCGAACACUCGUCGCCGCGCGAGAGAAACGCAUAAGAAUUACGUGGACGCGCAGUUGGCCAACGCCGCCGCCGCCGGCGAAACAGAAAGAGCGCAAAGGAGGAGUCAGCGUUUACAACAACAAGGUUGGCGGGGCGCUUCCGGUGGUGGUAGUGGUGGUGCUGACUCUUUGUCCCCGUCGUCUUCCUCUUCGGAGGAAGACGAAGGCGAGGAAAUUUUACCAACUCAGCUCGAACCGGGCGUUUUCCCGUUGGAUGAAUUCAACUCGGUUGUCUUGGCGCAUAACUCGUAUCGGUACAUGCGAAAUUACCAAGGGUACUAUCCGACGAAGAUGUUGCCGUGCUUGAAAUACAUCAACGAAAACUACUUGUGUCUUUACGAGUCCAACGACAAAGAACGCGAGAAAAUUCGACCAGAGGAGGUGGAAGCGUUUAGAAAAUUUCUCUCGCAAGGCAUCCUCGUGAGUAAUUUCCACACCGUAUUGGAAGAGCUUAAAGCUUCGGCGUGGCCUAGCGACUCCUUGUUGUUUCAAUACAACUGCUUAGAAAUGUGCUGCGAAGUUGCCGUCAUAGCCUCGCAAGCGCUAAAUAUGUUUUGCAUCGAUCGCAUCUUAAUAGAGGCGUGCAUCGAUAAAGGGGACGAUAACGUAUUUAGUAUGCCGCAUAAACCAAACGAAAGUUCUGAGAACAAUAGCCGAACCGUAGGUCUUAGCGUCAAUGAUGGCGAAGAUCUCGAAGAACUAGCGCGCGCGUGCGAGAUUGAAGAAUUAACCGCCAUUUUGAGCGCGUUAGCGUUAGGUAUGAAAUCUUCGUGCGCAUUUUACGAGAGAUAUCGGACGCACAAAGUUCCAUCUUUUUCUGAUUAUAGAACUGAUAAUGAACUAUCGUGGAAAGAGACUGAGGAAGGGAAAACGAGUCAUCACAAAGAUAGCAUCGCGUUCCCAGUCAGGGUUGAAGUACCGGUUGCCACGAAAGGACGACGGAGAGCAGAGAGGGCAAAGAUGGACAGGGAGCAAGAGAAAGAAGAAGAAGGAAACGAAAACGUGAUGACGAAAGAGAUUGUCGUGAAAGCGUGGCCGGCGCAUGUCGUCGAAACUUUUGGUCAGCAAGGCGGUUGGACCUGGUUGUUGAGACUUUUGGAAGCUCGAGGUGCGGUGUUUGAUAACAAGCGCGAUGCAUUUACGAGCGGCGAGAUGGCUAAAAAUUUGAUGCCGCCUCGCCUCAUGGAGUCUGCCUGCGCGGCUCUGGCCGCAGCGACGGACGUUUUGAACGAGUCGAACGCCAAGAUACUAGUCGAUACGUUUUUAUACUCCGCCUCAAAGGUUACGGAAGCGUUGCACGCGUUGAAAAUUGAAAGCGCAAAUGAGACGACGAACAAGAAGUCCAAGAAAGGCUCUGCUGCCGCUGAGAAUAACAACAAUAGCGAGAACAGCGAUGUGGCAAAACGGCGAGAAGAUGCGAUAAAAUUUGCAUCUAUUCUAUCGCACGCGUUCAUAACUGCACAAUUUCGCGAUGGCGAGACUAUUUCGACACGAUCAGUUGAAGGCAAGAGUGUGUUUGUUGAGUUACAAAGAGCAAUUAUCGUCGCCUCGUUGGGCGUGUCUACGUUCGCCUCGCAACUCGCGGCUCUGAAGGAAAUCAAAAUAGCGCUGGAUAUGGUCGAUGCGUUCGUUGAGACCGGUAUUCAAUGGCUCGCUGAAAACGAAAUUCUGGAGCACAUUCUGCGUCCUACGUAUCUUCAUCACAGGCAGUACGUCGAACACGUUCGCGACGUCUUGGCGAAGUUAGCGCAACAUCCCAAUGUCUUAAAACGCGAACAUCUCGAACUCAUUUGGAACGUUGGUUUCACCGCAGACUCGCAUCAAGACGUUAGCAUAAACGUCUGUGAUAUGCUCGGUCAAUUAGCGCCGGUUUUAUCUGACGAGCACUUAGAUUUUGUUUUGACUCGAUUCAAAACUUUGGCAGUGAGCGGAAGUUUGGACGGGAAGACGUUGGACACUCUGAAAUCGAUUGUUACAAACCGAGCGGUUUCGGAAACCUUUGCGAAUACUAUCUUGGAGCUUCUUUUCGAAGCUUCGUGUGCGAAUGAAACGCGGGCGGUAUUUUAUCUCGGCGCAGAAGUCGAUGAGGAUGCCAAUCCGGAGUACGCAUUUCUCUUUGCGUUUUACAAAUUUACAGAAAGAGGAGCUGCUGUCCUUGACGUGAUGACUUGGAUAGACAAGCUCUUGACGCACAUAGCGUCUUUCACAAAAGAGGACGGCGGAAUGAGUUAUAAUAGCAACAGCAACAAUAGCGCGGUUUCUGUAACGAAUACCGAUCGAUUGGUGGUAUCUGCGCGCCUUCUACGGUACAUGUUUGAUUCGAACAACGACUUUACCACGAGCGACGAGAUCCCAGCGAAAGCGGAUUCAUUAGACAGCACAAGAAACGUAACUGAAAUGUGCGUAUCUGCGCUCGAGCACUCCAAAGCAUUAGAUGCACACUAUGCGGCGUCCACCGCUGUGCGUGAUGAUUUUGCUUGGGAAGAUGCUCGAAUCUUACGAUCACAACGAAGAGCGGAAGAGGUGGUGACGUUUUUGCACAACUUCUAUGAUGCGGCGCAAAGAACGUUGCAGCUCAAGAGCGGAGUUGCACUCAGAUUGUGGGACGCUCUCACCGACACAAAAGUUCAAGAAACAGAUGCGAAGAGAAACGUGUGGAUGACGAAACUUGUUGACUAUUGUUCACCAGACGCGAUAUCAGCGAUUCUAGUCGAAAGAUUGUUGAAGACGAACGUCGAGACGCAGUGCGACGAUAGUUUGUGGGAGGUUUUUUACCCAUUCUUUGUCGCAAACGCGAUGCACGAAAAAUUGAUCGAACCAAUUGGAAGGUUUAAAGGUGAUGGCUUGUGCAGUUUUAGUAGUGAAGAAGAUGUGGACGAUGACAUAUACGAUGAGAUUGGACGAGAGAAAGAACCAAAAGGAGUUAAGUGCAGACGCUUUCAGGAGAAAAGGCAAUACCGCUUCGUGAACGAACCCACGGUGGAAGAUAAAAAUUCAGACUCCAAAAAUGGAUUGGCUUAUUUUUUUGCGAUUAUCACCGAGUGCCCGAAUAUUUCGAGCGCGUGUCUUAAUACAGCGACAAUGAGGCUAAUUCGGACGUAUCUGAACUCGAACGCGGAAAAAGUGUUUCUUGAGAUUUGUGCAAAGAAAUUAACGAAAACGUGCGGCCCGGAUUUUCAAAGCAUAGAAACGCUGAACGAAAGGGAUCGAUUGAAAUGCGCGCGGUUACUCCGCGUGUUGGACGAAGUUCUCGAUCGUACGCCCUCGAGUAGUGCCAGCGGUGGCAACGACAUUAACGCAGAGUCCAUUAUUCCGCACGGGAGAUCGUUUCGAGGCGAUCCGAUGUCUAUUACCAUUUCCAUAGGUAAUUCUGGGCGGUAUCGCGGGGGCGAGAACAACGCCCGCGCCAUCUCAACGCACUCGAACGAAACUGUGGAAGACUUUUUGAACAACUUUGCGAGUGCUAAUGGUGUUGCGCGGGAUUCUUUUAAAGCUAUUUGUAACGGGAAGCUCCUGGCGACGGAGACGAGAGAAGGACGGGCGCGCUUGCUUUCGGAUUUGAACCUCCCUAAUGGGACGGGGUGCGUCCAAGUCAUUCCCUCAACUUCAAAAGUCCAAACCGAUCGCAACAAGGUGGUGCAAGAGCUUGGCAAUACCAAAGAGCUUCCUCGAGUGAUGUUAUCGAAACAGCCGAUGAUUUAUGAAGUACUCUUUGCGUUAUCACGAUCGCAAUCAGAAUUAACGACGGCGAGUCAUGGCCCUGAUGGCGGUGGCGGGGUUUCGAAAAUGGACAUCGACACCGCCGAUCUCGAAGAGGAGUGUGAAACAGUGCGACGCGCCGCGCGGAAAUUACUCGCAUCGCUACCAACUGACAAGACUGUUUAUGAUGAAGUUCUCGGCGCUAUCAGCAGCAAAGAUUCUGGUACCUCGCUUGGAAAGGUUUUGCACAGUACAUUUAGGGGUUCCUUCGCAAAAGUCGCGUACGUUUUAGAAACCGUGGACGCGCUGACGGAUUCAAUCUUUGCAUCUGACGCCGCUGAAGAGCGGAGCAAAAGCUACGCGAGAUCGUUUCCAAAUGUUGCACCGGUGCUUUUGGAUAUUCUCGAUGAUGCUUCCGGCGGAACGACGACAAAAGACGGCAGUAAAGAUUCUGAGAUCCGGCGUUCGAUUUGCGCAUCGGUGGUGAGAUUGCUCAAACCUUUCACUCUGGAUAAGAACAGUGAUACUGCGACGAUGACUUUGGUAGGAAAGAAGCACGAUUUGGUUGAACCGGUAAAAUCCAUGCAUGUGAGUAGUGAUACUUCCAACGAGUGCACGAUUGAAGGCGUGACGCUUCCGAAAGAUGCGCUUCGGGACUUUGCGGUGGCUGCAACCUCGCGCGUUUUGCGCUGCGCGGCCGCUUUUUCAAAAUCAAGUGUUCGAUCCGAAAUCCACAUCGCGUAUGAAUCGAUUCAGUUGGCUAUGGAGUUUAACAGGAUGGCAACAUUGAGAUGUACUGACUUAUCUCAAGCUUCCGUUUUUGCGGAGUUGCAACCAAAAGAUGUCUUGGAUGCGGUCUUUGGAUCCAUUUUCUGUGGUACCGCGGACGCCGCCUUUCGGGAGGUGCUCAUCAAGACGUUUCUUUUUAACCAAAAAGAAUUUUAUGCGAUUAUCAACGGAAGUGGCGUGGAUCAAAGCGAAGAAGAUAAGGAGAACGAACAGACCGAUAAUGGUAAUAAAAGUCGCGCGCAAGUUCCUCUGUCUAUCAUCACCGCCAUUCAAGAUCGACUCGAUAUCGCCGAAGAAAACGUAGAAACUUCCUUGGAAUAUUUCAAAGUGCGAAAGAUAUUUGCUUUGCACAUGCCUUCUAAAGAAGGUAACCCGCAUAUUCUGCAGUUCCUCGAGAGCGCAUUUAAGCGCGAUGUGGAAUGGGUCGUUCAACUCGCGAUGGAUCCUAGAAGUGCGGCUUCAAAUAACGCCUCGGAGACGAUCCAAGCCUCAACGACGCAGCGAUUGGAGACGAUGGCUUACUUUGCAGCGGCUGUGGAGACAAUCAGCGUGGAAGACGCCGUGCGCUUAACAAAAGCGAUCCUUCUGCGCGGUCUAUUUCCAGAACUAGAAACUGUAUGCAGAAGUCUGUGUAGUAGACGUUCUGAUCCCGAUCAAGAAAUGAUGGAAACUUUGCUCUUAAGCCAAGAUUCGCUCCAGAUGCUCGCCGCGGGGGAACGAGAAUUGUCGACGAAGUUUACCGCGCUCUUCGGGGAUCAAGAUCGACGCCCGCACGCGUUCUCAGUUUUAUCUUCUGUGUGCAAAAAGAGCGCCGAUGCUUUGUCCUUAACGCUGAGUUCUUUGUACAGAUUACACUUGUUUGACCAAAUGGACGAAGAGAACAGAGAAGCCUGCGAUUUGUUGCAAUUUGAAAUGGAAGAGCUGGAUGCACUCGAGAACAUAGAGUGGGACGUCGAACCAACCGCCGAAGUUAAUCGUCAAGUCAGUAUCCGAGGUCACCCGCUGCCAAAGAAUGUGAGCGCAAAAAUUGGACUCGUCAACGCCGGUGCGACGUGUUAUAUGAAUGCUUUGUUUCAGCAACUCUUCGCGCAACCAGGUAUUCGCGACAAGAUUUUAGCCAUCGACGCGAAGGUUGAAGAGGAGGAUCAAUCCGAGAGUCUUUUUUAUCAGACGCAAAAAAUGUUUGCUAUGCUGAAAGGAUCUUCUGUGCACACGUACUACGAGCCUAGCGAUUUGUGGCACGCCUUCAAAGACUGGGACGGGGAACCCGUAAACGUAAGAGAACACGAAGACGCGUACGUCUUUUUUACGAGGUUUCAAGAGCAAAUAGAUUCGCACUACGUCAACGCGAUGAAAGAGAAACUUAACAUCACGAGUGAAGUUGAAAAACAAGCGAAAGAGGAAGGGCGAGAACUGCCAAAGUUUAAGGGUGCGAUUGAAGAAGUUUUAGGAGGGAAGAUGGUGUCGCAAAUCAUCUGUAAGAACUGUCCGAAGCAUCGAAGCGAACGCGAAGAAGAUUUUUGUCAAAUUCAGCUCGCUGUGGGCGGUAAGCAUAAAGCGUGCGUUGAUGAUUCCAUGUCGUUGUUAACGACUGGUGAACUCAUGGAUGCCGACAACCAGUGGGAAUGCCCGGAAUGCGAGAAGAAAGUUGAUGCGACGAAGCGAACGUGCGUCCGCACGUUGCCAGACUCGCUCUGUUUGCACAUUCAGCGACUCGAGUACGAUUACGCUAUGGAUCAAAGAAACAAAGUAAAAGAUUAUUAUAGUUUCCCAAAGACUUUGGAUAUGUACCCAUACACGGAAGAAGCACUCGAAAAGGCUGAUCAAGCCGCGUUGGAGGCCGAAGAAGAGCUCGGAGCUGGAGGAACAAACGACGACGGUGGCCCGGCGCGACCGGGUACGCCUGGGAAUCUUUUGAAUCACCAUCGUCACACAUCGCGAAAGUCUAUGCGUAAUCUCAACAACAACAAGCAAAACGGUGAAUUAGAUGGAGGCGAUGGAAAUGAAAAUACCGAGGACGACGAGAAAUUGGAAUAUAGACUUUCUGGCGUCAUCGUCCACUCAGGAACUGCUUUUGCGGGGCACUAUUACUCAUUCAUUCGCGAUCGCGACGAGAAGACCGGAGAGCUCACCGGAGACGACGAUGAUCUUGGGACGUGGCGUCGCUACGACGAUACUUCUGUCGAACUGUACGAUCCAAAGUGUUUAGAAGAUGACUGCUUUGGUGGCUCUUAUGUACACCAAACGAACAACGUCGGCGAGGAGGCGCAAACGCUCACAUACGAAAAACCAAAUUCCGCGUACAUUUUAUUUUACGAGAAGAAAAAGAAGAAGAGUAAGAAAGAAUUAAACGAUUCACACAUGUCCGAUAUUGCCGAGGUGAGCGCCGGGGUUGUUGAUUCGAAUAUGAAUCCAGAGAUGGCUUUAAUGGUGGAAAAGGACAAUCUCCAGGCGACAUAUCGUGCGAAUCUCUUCGAGAAGAGCUAUUUCAACUUUGCGCUUGACCAAUUGCGCACGGCGCUCGAUUUGCUCGUCAACUCUACCUCCGCUAAUGCUACUGAGAAGAACGGCACUCCAGUAGCCAUUGGAACUAGGAAGACGUCGCGCGUUUCGCAAUCUGCCGUUCGAGCGAGCUCGUCCGAUGCCGACGGAGACGGUCGGAAGCAACCAAAGGAUAACGAAGACGACGCAGAAUCUACAAAUCUUGGUGCAAAAUGCGUUCGAUUUGCUUUUCACUUCUAUAUCAAAGUGUACGCUCGAGCGAGCUUGCAGUUGCAAAAAGACCUGCCGAAUGGCGAGGAAAUGAUCGAAUGGCAAGAAGGUUUAGGGAAACUUGUGAUGUCUUCACCAACGGCUCGACUUGAAUUUAUGCGCAUCGCCGACAAGUAUAAAGUCGAUACAAUUGCCGCGCUCACGCGCUGUAACCGCGAAGUGAUUCGUGAGAUACUCGUGAAAAUGUUCACUAAUUGUUUGAAAUUAACGCUCGUAUCCAACGAUUCAGCUUCCUUCGAACGGUUGCUGGAACAGAAGAAGAAUCACGAUUUUCAAUUGCCACCUGGAGCGGUCACAGAAACGGAAUGUCCCGAAGCUUUCGCCGCAUACGGGAUGAUUGAUACGUACGCGUGCUUUUUGAGACAAUACGCUGAUACGGAAGCAUCGUAUCAAGAAGAGAAAGAAGAGUUGGAGCGCGAGAAUAAGUUUAAGCAACGCGCGAAACUCCAAUGGGAGAGGAAACGGAACUUUUUUAUUAAUUCAUGCCAUGGAAAGCAAGUUUCGGCGGCGAUAUUUUAUGCAAUGAUUACGUGUCAAUCGGCAGCUGGAAAGAACCGCAAUGUCAAGGGCGGAGAUCAGUUGUUAGUGCACGUGUUGAUUCACCACAUGAACGUCGUUCCCGGAUUAAUUUGGAGAUACAUUGGUGCGCGUUUGAGCGAAUCGCAGACGCAAGAAAUCGCGACCGAGAAAACGAUGCUCCUGAGACUUUUGCGCAGGUUCUUGGAGGAAUUACAUUUUUGCGACAGCGGUGGUCCUCCUCCUUCGAAAUCUAAGGCGUCUUCUUUUGCAUCUGGUGACGCCGAACCUCUUCCGGAAGGAGACGACUGUGCUAAAGCGUCGAAUGAAAUUUCAGAUACCUUACUCAGCAAUAUUGAACCGUUCGCAGACGCGUUCGUUUUCGAUAACGAGGAAACCGCGAUACAAAUACUCGAACGAGCGCAGUGGAACAGCGUCGAGUUCACGAAAAAAGUCGUUGGCGAACUCUUUCGAUUUUACACAAUCUUUAGCGACCAAAACAACGAUGAAACGAAGGCAAAUUAUCAGCGAGCGAACAAAGCGCUAUUUCGAUUGAUGGACAUUGACGACGAUUUACGCGCGCAAAGAACAGCACUCAUACUCGGGUCUCCCGAGAUGCUCACCGAACAAGAAAGAAAGUCCGGGGAAUACGACGGCAUGUCCAUCUUGAGCUUGUUCAAGAUUGACGGUUUGGUGAUGUCCAAUUGGGACACCAUCCUUCGGAUGUUGCGAGCGUUUGAAGGCAAAAGCGGCAAGUUUACAAUCGACGUGGACGAUGCGGAAGACGUCGAGGAGAUUUCAGAUCCAGAUCGAAUCGUUGCGAAAUACAUAUCCUCAGCGGUGAGAGGAAUAGGCCUUCCGAUUUGGAACGAACAGUUGACCAGGUUACACGACAAAUUCGGCGGUCAGUCGCAGCAGUUUGCGGAUAACGUGAAAGCGCUGUAUAAAUAUUUCAAUGAUAGGGCGUGA